GCGCUUCUUCAGCUACGGAACCUACUGCACCUAUUGUUUUUUAUUCGGAUGAUGUUGCUCCAGAAACUUCUGUCGUUGACACACCUCAUGAUACGGCCUCUAGCUCGGCCGAAGUAACGUCUGCCAGCAUUCCCCUUGGCCGCGGCAUGCGGUCUAAGCGACCAUCAGUGUUACUUCGAGAUUAUGUUGCUCAUUUAAGCCCAUCUCCGUCCUCCCUCUCCGACAGAACCUCAGGACAUGAACCCCGUUCCUUCAAGGAAGCUAUGACUGAUAGUGGAUGGCGUUCCGCCAUGCAAGAUGAAAUACACGCUCUUGAAAAUAAUCAUACGUGGGACAUGGUGCCACUUCCCCAUGACAAAAAGGC